CAACGCACCUCUUGCUUUUUCUUCCAAAGUAUGUUAUGUUAAGUUUCGUGAUCCAUCAAGUGUUGGUGUGGCCCAGCAUCUAACUAACACGGUUUUUAUUGACAGAGCUCUGAUAGUUGUUCCUUGUGCGGAAGAUGACUAGACUGGCCAAGGCAGACCUGUUACACUUGCCUGAGUUAGGCAUUGUUUGCCAUGCCACUAAACCUGCCGUCAAGUGAAACCUUCAUUGGGGAAAUGAGAUCGGAGUCUGAACCGCAGAAGAUGGACGCCCUGUCUCUGUUUUUUAUUGUUUUACUUUAAUUUCAUUUCUUUUUCUUUAUUUUGUCCCUUUUUUUUUGGUUUUGUUUUGUUUUGUUUUGUUAAAUCUCUUUCACUUUAACUCGUGAGCUGGUUUUCCAGUUCUUUGUAAAUGGUAUUCCAUUAAGAGUUCAUAACAUUGCGUUGCAAAUUAUAUUGGGAGAUGAUUAGUAGAACUCAUCCUUAACAUAAGUUUUCACAGUAAAUUUGUACACAGUUUCACGAAGCUCAGUGCUAGUUUCAAUUGGUGUUUAUAAACUGAUCGGGUACAUUUUGUUCCCGAAACACUAAAACAGUGGUGAGAUUCUUAUUUAGGAGCACGUUUUUGAUCUCAGUGUAACUUUUUUGCAGUUUUCUCCCAAGUCUGCAACUCUCAUAAAGACCAACUGAUAACUUCUAAUUUUCAUCCUUGUCCCUUAGAAUUUUAGGCAUACACAAUCAUCAAGGAAAAUAAGUAAAUUUCUUAUAACAUUCUGGGGGUAGAGAACAAGAAGAGACUUUUCACUUUUAUGAUAGUUAGUUAUUAUAGAAAAUAACAUUGAUUUAAAAACAACACUUUUAGUUGCCUAUGUGGGGAAUGGAUACUUGAGAAACUGUUUAAUAUUUACUUGCGUGUGUAUUUCUUUGCUUGAAUUUUUGAUUGAAAAAUGUUCAGAGAUUACUUGUUUCUAAAUAGAUUCUGAGAUUAGGAUGCAUGAGAGAAUUGUUUUCCUCUCAGUUGUCUUUGAUGAGUACAGUUUGGGAUAAAUGCCAAGUACUUAAUUUGCUUUAUGCUUUUAUACAUUCUGAUAGUAUUUGGAGGAUAAAUUUGGUAGAAUUUUAUCUUGGAAAUUAAGCAGUGGGACUUUUAGAUUACCUUUAAUGGUAAUAAUAAUAAAUAUUGUGCUUUUAGUUAGACUUAAUACUUAUAAUAGUUCAUUAUGUUGUGAGAGGCGGUGAGAGUCAGAUAUCCUACUGACAACUGUUUUUAAGCCAAGAGUGAAUGACUUUAAGUAAUCAACUUUUGGCCUAGGUUAAAUACCCUUUUUUGUUGGUAUAGUCUUUCUGCACUGUUUUGUGUGUAUAGUUUUGCUUAUUUAAUCAACAAUUAAUCUUAAAUUGGGACAUUACUAAAUUGGAAUUCUUUGUUUUUUAGGUGCAUGAAUUAGGGUAGUAAAGCAUAGGAUUUGUACCUUAGGAUCUCAGUUGAUUUAUCAACGUGUUCAGGUUUUACAAAUAUUUAAAAAAGAAUACUUACUUUUAACAGAUAAAACAGGUUUGAUAGCAAUGUAAAUAGUAUAGUAUAUAUGUGAGUAUACAGAUAGAUGUCUUAAUGCUAGUAACUAAUAAAUACAAAAUAAUUCGAUGUUUUCAAGUAAGAUCCUCCCACCUUUUAAUAAUCUUUAUGCAUGUUAAAAUCUGUGCUUACGCAGAAUUUACUGAAAUAAUAAAAUGACUUUGUUUUUGAAAUUAGUAAAUUAAGCUUAUAUAGACUUAGAAUAAAUAGACAUUUGCUAAAGCUAAGAAAGUGUUAUUUUUCUAUUCCUAUGAAUAAGGUAUAACCACUAUUUAAAGCAAAUUUUAAAAUUCAUCUUGAAUUCAAUCCACAUUUAGAAGUGCAUCCAAUAAUUUUUUUUAGAGAUUUAUCCCUGCACAUCUGGUUGUAUUAAGUAGAAUUUUACCGCUGAAACCCAGUGUUACACUUUCUUGAAAAUUUACUCCAUAUGCUAGUUGCAAUUUGGUGUGACUUUGUACAGUGUUUUAAAUUACUUUGAAGAAUUCAUAAUAGAAAUGUUUGGUCAAAUAACACAUAAUUAUGUAUCAGUAGUUCUUCUGAAAUUGCUGUGUAUAGUCAGUUUUUCUUAGAUAUUUUAUUUUUCAAAGGGUUAAGAGAAAGCAGAAAAAAGUGUGUGAAAGUCAUAGUCCUUAUCAAAACUGAUUGAUUAGAAUUCAGUAAUUAAAUGUGGCAAAUUGAUGGACUUAAUUCAGAGUAAAUUUUCAUUUUUUUACUUGUAGGGAUUUCUUCUUAGUGUCUAGGAUUAUUUUAAUGUUAUUGUUAUUAUUAUUAGGCACUUACGCUGCUUAUUACAAGGAAGACAUUUAGGCAUUAACCCACCCCUCUUCAGAUAAGUAUACGUAAAUUGGUUCUAAAAGUCAGUAAUUUAAGAAGUUUCCUGAGACUCAGGAAAGUUUUUUUAUUUUCAAAAAUGAUAGUUUCCCAAGGUAUAUAUAUUCUUUGAAACUGGAUUCUUUUGGUCAUCUCUGACAUUGUUGGUGAGAUGCCUCGUUAACUGAAUGGGUGUAGGCUUCCUUUUCAACUGAAGCUGGUUACAUGCAGUAGCUUUGUUUUUUUCUGUCUACUUGAAAUUAAAUGGAAUCUAUUAGAAGAUUAUCAAAAUUGUUUGCAUCACAAGUAGGUAGUUUAAAUUAACAGGAUAGGGACACUCGGGAAUAAAUUUCAAUUCGCACAUAUUUGUUUUUUUCUUUUUCUUUUUUUUGACUAAUUUGGUUAUUUGCCAUUUCUGGGGAUUAAACUUUAAAAAAUGUUCUUCUUUUCUGUAUCUGAUGUUCUGUGUGCUAUUAGUGAUGCAGCCAACACGAACGGUUGUCAUGUGUAACACAACUUUCGAUCACCGCGAAAACACCGUCCUGGAAAAGCGUCCAUGCUUGAUAUCGUUUGGUUCAUGAACAUUAAGUUUCCAGUACAGGUAAAAUCCCAGAGGAAGCCAAAGCCCUCUCUUUAUUGGCUCCUGCUCCAACCAUGACAAGUCUGAUGCCUGGUGCAGGCUUGCUUCCCAUACCGACUCCAAACCCCUUAACUACACUGGGCGUUUCCCUUAGCAGUUUGGGAGCUAUACCAGCAGCAGCACUCGACCCCAACAUUGCAACCCUUGGAGAGAUACCACAGCCACCACUUAUGGGGAAUGUGGAUCCUUCUAAAAUUGAUGAAAUUAGGAGAACAGUCUAUGUUGGCAAUUUGAAUUCCCAGACAACCACAGCUGACCAGCUACUUGAAUUUUUUAAACAAGUUGGAGAAGUGAAGUUUGUUCGGAUGGCAGGUGAUGAGACUCAGCCAACUCGGUUUGCUUUUGUGGAAUUUGCAGACCAAAAUUCUGUACCAAGGGCCCUUGCUUUUAAUGGAGUUAUGUUUGGAGACAGGCCACUGAAAAUAAAUCACUCCAACAAUGCAAUAGUAAAACCCCCUGAGAUGACACCUCAGGCUGCAGCUAAGGAGUUAGAAGAAGUAAUGAAGCGAGUACGAGAGGCUCAGUCCUUUAUCUCAGCAGCUAUCGAACCAGAGUCUGGAAAGAGCAAUGAAAGAAAAGGCGGUCGAUCUCGUUCCCACACUCGUUCAAAAUCCAGGUCUAGCUCAAAAUCCCGUUCUCGAAGGAAAAGGUCACAGUCAAAACACAGGAGUAGAUCCCACAAUAGAUCACGUUCAAGACAAAAAGAUAGACGUAGAUCUAAAAGCCCUCAUAAAAAACGCUCUAAAUCAAGGGAGAGGCGAAAGUCAAGGAGUCGCUCACGUUCACGGGACAAAAGAAAAGAUACCCGAGAAAAAAUCAAGGAAAAGGAAAGAGUGAAAGAAAAAGAUAGAGAAAAGGAAAGGGAAAAAGAAAGAGACAGGGAAAAGGAACGUGAAAAAGAAAAGGAACGGGGUAAAAACAAAGAUAAAGACCGAGAUAAAGAACGGGAAAAGGACCGAGAUAAAGACAAGGAAAAAGAGAAGGACAAAGAGAGAGAGCGGGACAAAGACCAUGAGAAGGAACGAGACAAAGAAAAGGAGAAGGAACAAGACAAAGAAAAGGAACGAGAAAAGGACAGAUCCAAAGAGAUAGAUGAGAAAAGAAAGAAGGAUAAAAAGUCCAGAACACCACCCAGAAGUUACAAUGCGUCAAGAAGAUCUCGUAGUUCCAGCAGGGAAAGGCGUAGGAGGAGGAGCAGGAGUUCUUCCAGAUCACCAAGAACAUCAAAAACCAUAAAAAGGAAAUCUUCUAGGUCUCCAUCCCCCAGGAGCAGAAAUAAGAAGGAUAAAAAGAGAGAAAAAGAAAGGGACCACAUCAGUGAAAGAAGAGAGAGAGAACGCUCAGCUUCUACAAGAAAGAGCUCUAAUGACAGAGAAGGGAAGGACAAGGUGGAGAAGAACAAUACUUCACUUAAAGAGAAGGAGCACAAUAAAGAACCAGAUUCAAGCGUGGGCAAAGAAGCAGAAGACAAGGAUGCACCAAGGACUGAGGAGAGCAAAGUGCAGCAGAAUGGGAGUUGUCAGCCCAAUGAGGAGAACCUCUCUGCCAAGGCAGAAGCGGUAUAGGCCCGGCAGACGCACCUGAACACACGCCGGGAUAGAAUCCAGAGCUUUUCGUUCUCUCAACAAGAUGUUAGACUGAAGACAUCCGGUAGAGCAUAAAGAUACGAGCUAACGGCUUUUCUAGUUGUUAGGUGACUUUGUGGCCAUCUUGUUACUGAGUAAGAAAACAAAGCAUGGACAUCAUGAAAAUAACAGGUGUGACCCAAACUCCUCAUCUUCUAAAAUCUGUGCAUCUCCAUGGUGGCUGACACAGGUGUCAUGUGGUUUGUUAGUGUUUGCCAAGAACCAUUACAAAUAAAUGGGACAUUAAAGAUCUAAAUUUGUUAUACUAUCCAUAAAGACUGGAGAUAAGCUUUGGAGGCUCUUUUAAGAAAUGCUAGAAACUGAUUUUGUAUUAUUUUACUUUUUUUUUUAAUUUCAAUAUAUACAGAUUGAUAAUGUGCUUGAAAUCGGUGCAAAUAUGUACACACCCUUGUAAGUGCAGAGUUUGUAAGAAGUUUUAACAUUUACUUCACAGGAUUUAUAGUGAUUGUGUUAAAUUCUCACUAUUGUGUUUUCUUUUGCUCACAGUUUAGGACAGUGGUUUUUCUUUAAAAUAAUUCUACAGAUUAAAGUUGCUUAAAUAAGUGGAUUACAAACCAACUGACAAUGCAUGCUACUGUUCUCUUUUUAAAGGAAGAACAACUGUGUUGAAUACUAAUGACAUAUUAGUAUUCAGUAUUUAGAAUCAUUGGGUCUCCCCACAUAGUAAGCAUUUCUUUUUGAACUUUCUUGACAUUUCCGAGCUUAUUAUGAACAAUAUUGCAGUGUGUGUUGUCAGCUGUAGGUGGUAAAGGUGCCAUUUAUAAAAAGAAAGCUGGGUUUUCAAAAUGGGCUAUGGGAGCACAAGCUGAAGCUUUAGUGCCUUCUACAAUGUGGUAUACUGUUUUCUAGAAUUUUAUAUGAGCAAGUCAUUCUCAAUUCAUAUGGAAUUUAGAUGGGUAUUCCAUUCCCUCCCAUAGAAAAGUGUGAAAGUAAUAUGUCAGAAGAGCUUCUUACUUAAUAUGAGAGGGAAGUCUGUUUUUAAGAAUGACUUCAGCGCUUAAAACAACAGUGCAGUUUCGGGACCAUCAGUUUUAUACUGUGAUAAUUGAAAAUGAAGCAGCAUGUUCUUAUUUUACUUAAAGCAAGACCCUUUAGUUGUCUACAUUGGAUGGCCUUAAUUAUUACCUCUCAAUCAUCUUCUCAUAAAUGAUGUGCUGAAAUUGUGCUUAAAGGAGAGUACAUGCGGUUAUUUGUUUUAUGUGUUAAGUAUGUUUACUUAAGCUUAAAAUAUAGGUCAUCCUACAUUGUUAGACACACUUUUUGCAGAAAGUAUGCAAGUAGUAAAAUGACAACAUUGCUAAUACUUUCCCCCAAACCACAACUUAUAUUUCAGAACUCUUUUCAUUGUUAUAUUUCCAAAAGUUAUGCCUUUUAAUUAGCAUGUUAUUUAAAAAAAUCAAGUAUAAUUAUUUUAAUGCAGUCUAAUACAAUCAAAUUACUCAGUUGCCUUACCUCAUGGGAAGAGUUACUUAUGGAUUUAAAGAGCUGAGUAGCACAUCAGUUACUUGGUUUCAACUUGAGUUUUCUUUUAAUGUUAAUACUAUUGGAACUUAAGUAUUUGGCGGAGAAUGGAAGGAAUUGCCCUUAUUGCAAAUAAUGAAGCCUGGUUUGAUUAUGAAGCUGCUUAACUACUCUUCAUGUGUUCACAAUUACUGUGUUUUUUUUUUUCCUCUUUGUCACUAUGUACAUUAAAAUUUUUGAAAAUGCUUUACUAUGUAAAGUAUAGAUGGUCAUUUUAAUCAUUCAGCCACAUACGGUUGGCUGGUAAACAGCUUAUUUUGAUACAGGAAUGCUUGGGUGCAUAUGGAAAGAUGGAAGGAGUGUGUGUCUUGCAUCAAAGCUUCUUAUUUAUGAUAUGUAAGUAGAAUAGAACAAAUGUUGUUUGAAUCUUUGUUAUUUUUAGUACCAUUUCUCUAAUAAAGCUAAGUAUUUUAGAGGAAAAUAUUUGUUUAUGCAUUUCAAAACAGCAUCUUAGGUUUCUCCUGUUCUUGUUUUAGUUGGCAUAGCUAUGGAGAUUGUUUUGGUAUGCAUGUUUGUGUGGUGUCUAUAAAGCAGUCAUUUAAAGUUCUGAGUAUUUUCUUGUACUCUGUACUCUGUACAAUGUUUGGUUAGUUGGUAAUUAACAUAUGUAAUUUGGUUCCUGAUGCCAAUUAUUUUUCUUCCUGAUGAUAUUUAUUCAGCUUUAAGAUAACCAUACUAAUCUUAAAAGACACUGAUUUAUAAAAAUUGGGCAUGAGUAGGAAUACCAGAGGCCCAGAGAACGUGAAGUCAUUUUCUUAAACAGGCCUAGGGAAGCAAAACUUUCUAGGGGUCUAGAGGUAAGGAAGGGAGGGUGACGGGGAGAGAGAGAGAGAGAGUGUGUGUGUGAGUGAAAAAGAUUUUCUCUUUGUUCACUUAUAAGGGCUGAUGUGUUUUCAUUUGUUUAUUAUUUUCUUUUAAGGUACUUCAUUGUUUUUUUAAAGCUGUCUUUUUCACCCCAGGUAGAUGUCAGGAAAACUUGAGGUAAGGCCAAGAAGACAGCAUUUUAUACUUGAUGCCAGCUGUAAGUUAUCUGUUUCAGCUUGAUUACAUGGCGAGUAUGUUCUGUCCCUUAAAUUGUAGUUGCUCUUCAUCAUUCUAGACAAAUUCUGUUGGUCCUUCUGUUUUUGUUCUUCAGCAGUGUACACUUAACUGGUAAUAAAAGAUGUUCCUUUAUAAGCUAGCCAGUUUCAUGUGAGGAAUCAAGUAUAAACCCUUAACUUCUGCAGCUGUCUCAUUAUUUUCCAUUGAGUCUAAUUAAUACGUAGUUACAAAUACACUAGUCAGCUUGUGCUUUUCUGUUUAGAAUUAUUUUCCAAGGUAUUCAGUAUUUGCUACAUUGAUCUUGAGAAGUAUCCGAGAGUUAAAUUUUGACAUUGAAAAGUAAACACUGGCAUUUAGAACCAAUUUUUUUUUUUUUUUUGGUCAAGAAAAUAAUUUCUUUUGUGAUAUUAGUCAUCCUCAGUAUCCUCAUUCAUUCUUAUACGUUAUAUGGGUUUCUGUGUUUAAAAUGAAUCUGGAGGCAAAUUUGAUCCCAACUGAAGCUAUCAUUCAAAUUUAAGGAAUAUAGUAUGUAAUAAUAGACUUUUAAAAGUUUAAAAAUUUGGAACAGUUGUUGUUCAGUCACUAAGCCCCAUGGACUGCAGCACGCCAGGCUCUGCCCUUCACUGUCUCCCAAAGUUUGCUCAGAUUCAUGUGCGUUAAGUCAGUUAUGCUGGCUAACCAUCUCAUUCUCUGCCACCUCCUCCUCCUUUUGUCUUCAGUCGUUCUCAGCAUCAGGGUCUUUUAGUAUGAUUUGAUUUAAAUCUUUCUUUAGUAGUUGAAUUAGCAGUUAAAAUGAAUUCUUUUUGAGCGUUGUAUUGAAUAACGUUUCAAUGAGAUAUUUCUUAUAUUUUUAUUGAAAGGAGUAUCUGGUUUUAAUUGGGUCACUUAUGAAGUAGAGCCAUUUCCACAAAGUAAUUACAUUCCUUAGGGUGUUUUAAAGAUUUUAAAGGAACUUUUACUACAUAUAUACUUAGUAUUUUCUCAUGUUUAUUCAGUAAUGUAACAGUCACUUAAAAUUAAAUUGUUGAUUUUUAAGUUUCAGAGGUUAGUGCUCUCAGAAGGGCUAAGUGAUAUUUCUGGAAGCAGGAGUCAAGUAUAAAUGUAAUAAAAUAAUCUUUUAAAAAUAAAAUUCACUUCCCUACUUAAUCUUGGGUUUGUGGGUGAAUUUGUUUUUCUUAAACACACUUUUAUUGGUGAUUCUGCCAAAGAUUGGUACAUAAUUUUUAAAAUAAAAGCUAAAGCUAUUAUUACUAGGUGGGAUUUAGAAACUAAUAACUAGAUUUCUUUCUAUUUCAUUUUAAGGUACUUUUAUAGUUUCUAGCAAUCAAUUUAUUACAAUUGUUAGUUUAUAUAUAAUGCAACAUUUCUUAACAUACUGUUCUUAGAUUUUUAGUCUGUUGUCUGAGUUUUAAAUUUACUUUGUAACAUUUUAAUUUUGAGACUUGCCAACUUUUAUAAAACUUCACAAAUUUUACUGGUAAGAUUUCCUUUCUGAGGAUUGGAAUAGAAUAAUAGUUGCCUUCAUUCUUGAUUCACUUCUAUUUGCUAGGUAGAUAAUUUCUUAACUAUAUCUGUAAGUUCAAAUUCAUGAAAUUCAUGCUGAAAGAAUUAGAGUUGAAGAGAUUGUUCUACCAUUUAAGGUUACUGGUAGGCAAAAAACUGUUGGGAAACUACAGAAUUCUCUUAAUUUCCACAGAAGGUUAUAUUUGGGUGUACUGUGUAGUUAUAUAGGUAGGCCAGUUUAGCAGUUAGAUAUUACUUUUCUCCAUCUUAACUAGGUUUAAUACAGUAGUGCUAUUUUUUACAAAAUGCUAUAUGGAUUAUCAAGGGAAGGGUUUAAAAUGUAAAAAAUGGGUACUGCAUAGGUGGUGUAUAUUUAUGUGAGUAGGACUACUUCCAAAUGGUACUAGUGAAGAUUUAUCAGAUGCUGCUGCUGUUGUGUUGCUCUAUUUUUAAUAAAAUGAAAAUCUUAAAGUCUCCA